UCCCGGCUCAAGUUCUGACUAGACUGCCCAGGCGGGCUAGCUCGAGUUCUGGCUUGUUCUCUCCGUGGGAGUGAGUCUGUGGAAAAACAGAUCCUUGGGUCUUUCGGGGACCUGGAGCCCAAAGCCCGCAUCAUGGACUUGACCUUGUUUGUGGAACGCCUUUUGGUGGAGGCCAAUCCCGAGUGUCCGGAUCAGCAAAUCAAGAGUCUGCUCAUGGACGAGCACCUCUUGAAAGUGGUCAGCACCACUUGUCUCCAAAGCGCCCUCCUCAAGCACGGAUACUUGCUUUUUGAGACGCUGGGAGGACCAAGUGGCGCCCACGCCCCCUUGGGAUUCGUCACCUGUGUGUGUCUCCUCCAGCCCAGUCCCGACAACAUCCGUCUGUUGGCCCAGGAACUCCAGAAACCGCGAUUUGGGCACUACCGGGUCGUGUUCUCGGCCUCGCCCCAUACCCUCACCUUGCGAGAAUUGGCCGACAUGGACACCCACUGUCUCAUCCAGAGCGUCGAGGAGGUGCCCUUGCAAUUUUUGCCCUUGGAUACCUGAUGAAAAUCCGAUGAUGGGCAGCCUGAAUGGAUCGCGCGAUGAGGGAGUGGUCUUGAUUUUAGAUCGAGAUGCUGAUUUGGUCACGCCUCUUUUAUCGCGCUGGACCUAUCAGGCCAUGAUUCACGAACUCUUGGGCAUUCAGCGCAAUGUGGUCAAGUUGGAGGAUGCGUCGGGGGCGGGCAAACCGCCGGAGCAAAUCAUUCUGUCCUCGAAAUAUGACGAUUUCUUUCUCAAUAACAUGUUCAAGAACUUUGGUGAGAUCGGCGAGGUGGUGAAGAAACUCGUUAAAGAGUUUCAGGAGAAAGUGAGUGGGCACAAGAACAUUGAAAGCAUUGGCGACAUCAAAGACUUCAUCGUGAGCUAUCCUCAGUUCAAGAAGAUAUCCGGCACCGUGUCCAAACACGUGAAUGUCAUCAGUGAGCUUUCGCGAUUAGUGUCGGCACGGAAUCUUUUGAACAUUUCCGAAAUCGAGCAAACCCUGUCAUGCCAUGCCCCAACGAACAAUUCGACGGCAACCUUCAGAAAGCUCAUGUUAGAUUCUGAUCUUGCAGACAGUGUCCAAGGUUUAAAAAUUUGCCACGGUCGCACCUCUAAGCAUUUGGGAUUUCGUCAGAGUGAUGCUAGCCAUACCAAAGUCAAAAUGGACGACAACUUGUACACCCAACACAAGCCCGCCCUAUUUUGGUUGACCGAGAGUGUCUUGCAAGGGCGGCUCUCGGAUGAAUUGGCCGGAGAUGUGCGUGGCUUGAGGCCCACCAAGAAGAUUCUAGUCUAUAUGGUGGGUGGAAUUACAUACGAGGAGACUCUCAAGAUGUAUCAAUUGAAUGUCACCUAUAAUUCGAAUGUGGUGAUUGGCGGUUGCACGCUGUGGCGAUCGAAAGAAUUUUGUCAGCAUUUAAAAACCAUUUCGACGCCCUAGGGUAUUUUUUUUAAUCGAUUUAACGGGUUAGACAUGAACCUCUUCGUUUUUGUUCUAGAAGUCAACGUGUGGUACAGACAUUUAUUUGAUAGCGAUUGCUGUUUUUCUAUACUGUCAAAUAGAUCUAAGAAUGAAUUGAUUGGCAUUUAA